CAGAUAUCCCAGUUCAGUAGCCAUUGAUAUAAGUAAGCUGCAUGGUGUGCAUUAUCAGCUAGGACUGAGGCAAGACGACUGCUGAGAAGACUCUGGGCUAACAGGGAGACGUGCCGGCCUCGCUCGGUAAGGAGAUUACGCUGAGGGUGAGAGGAGGAGAGACCCCCUGAGACAUCUACGAGGGAGCUGCGUAGCUUGGAGGAAACAAUGAAGUUAGUCCGGUUCUGCAGGCAAAUAACCCAGAGGCUCUGGCUUUUUGUUCUACUGACUCUCGGGGUUUCUGUUUGGCUUCUGGGCACCAACACCCAGCAAAGGAGGCUUCUCGGCAAUGCUUCAGAGGAUACUUGCCGGGCAAAGAAUCACAUAAUGUUCCUGAAGACCCACAAGACAGCGGGGAGCUCCAUCCUGAACAUCUUGCACCGCUAUGGCGACAGGAACUCCCUGAACUUCGCUUUGCCCUACGAACGGGACUUUAACUACUCCAGUUAUUUCAACGCCAGCUGGGUGAAAGGGUUCAACAAUGCCAGCCGGGCGCCCUACGAUAUCCUCUGCCAUCAUAUGCGCCUCAACAUUUCAGAGGUUGGCAAGGUCAUGCCUUCAGACUCCUUCUACUUUACCAUUCUACGGGAUCCAGCUGCCAUGGCCGAGUCGGCUUUCUCUUACUACCGAACGUACUGUCCCACCUUUAAAGAGGCACCAAACCUGAAGGCGUUUAUCUACAACACUUCUCUUUAUUAUCGACCCAACAACGAAUCUCAUCAUUACGCCCGCAACCUUCUGUGGUUCGAUCUUGGGAUGGACCCUGAUGAGCCUUUCACAGAGGAAAUGGCAAGUGAGGGAGUAAGGGCGGUGGAAGAUGCCUUCAACCUUGUCCUAUUUGCCGAGCACUUUGAUGAAUCAGUUAUCCUUCUCAAGGAAGAACUGUGCUGGGAGCUUGAUGAUAUAUUGACAUUCAAACUCAAUGCUCGGGAGACCCCCACGCAACUAGAACAAGAGGACAUUGAGAGGUUACGGGCUUGGAAUUCCCUGGACUGGUAUCUUUAUGUCUAUUUCAACCGCACUUUCUGGGAAAAAGUGGAGCGAUUUGGUAGGGAAAGGAUGGACAUGGAAUUGAGGAGGUUAAGAGAACGCAGACAACAGCUGGCUGAGUUGUGUCUGGAAGGCUUGAAGCCUUUAAAAGCUGAUGAAAUACAGGAUGAGGAGAUAAAGCCAUAUCAGCCUACGGAUGAGAAGAUCUUAGGUUGGAAAGUAAGACAUGAUCUCAGGCCCAGCACCAAGGCCAGAUGUGUCCAAAUGAUAACUCCAGAGGUGCAAUACAAGUACCUUUUGGAUGACUGGCAGUUCCCAGAAGAUGCACGGUACAGGGCCAAGGAAAAGGAGCUAGAAGCCAAGAAAAGGUCAAAGAAGAUCCGAGGGAAAAAACCAGAGGCAGCUCCAGUGAAUAAACUAGCAGUGUCUCCAAGGAAUAAGCCAGACAUGGUUGCAGAGAAUAAGCCAGAAGUGGUUGCAGGGAAUAAGCCAGAAGUGGUUGCAGGGAAUAAGUCAGAUGUGGUUGUAGAGAAUAAGCCAGAAGUGCCUUAAGAGAAUAAGCCAGAAGUGCCUUAAGAGAAUAAGCCAGAAGUGCCUCCAGGUAUUUAGCCAGAAGUGGUUGCAUGGAAUGCAUCAGAAGUGGUUGCAGGGAAUAAACCAGAAGUGGUUGCAGGGAAUAAGCCAGAAGUGGUUGCAGGGAAUAAACCAGAAGUGGUUGCAGGGAAUAAGCCAGAAGUGGUUGCAGGGAAUAAGCCAGAAGUGGUUGCAGGGAAUAAACCAGAAGUGGUUGCAGGGAAUAAGCCAGAAGUGGUUGCAGGGAAUAAGCCAGAAGUGGUUGCAGGGAAUAAGCCAGAAGUGGUUGCAGGGAAUAAGCCAGAAGUGGUUGCAGGGAAUAAGCCAGAAGUGGUUGCAGGGAAUAAACCAGAAGUGGUUGCAGGGAAUAAGCCAGAAGUGGUUGCAGGAAUAAGCCAGAAGUGGUUGCAGGGAAUAAACCAGAAGUGGUUGCAGGGAAUAAGCCAGAAGUGGUUGCAGGGAAUAAGCCAGAAGUGGUUGCAGGGAAUAAGCCAGAAGUGGUUGCAGGGAAUAAGCCAGAAGUGGUUGCAGGGAAUAAGCCAGAAGUGGUUGCAGGGAAUAAGCCAGAAGUGGUUGCAGGGAAUAAGCCAGAAGUGGUUGCAGGGAAUAAGCCAGAAGUGGUUGCAGGGAAUAAGCCAGAAGUGGUUGCAGGGAAUAAGCCAGAAGUGGUUGCAGGGAAUAAGCCAGAAGUGACUUCAGGGAAUAAACCAGAAGUGGUUGCAGGGAAUAAGCCAGAAGUGCCUUAAGAGAAUAAGUCAGAAGUGCCUCCAGGUAUUUAGCCAGAAGUGGUUGCAUGGAAUAAGCCAGAAGUGGCUAAAUGGUCAGUAGACCCAAGGGGAAAGCCUAAGGUUGGCUAUAUGUGACCACACUUCACAGAAUUCGCCAGUGGCUGGCUUAAAUGUCAACUGACUUUAGAAACCAAGCCAGAGUUUGGCUAGAUGUCAAUAGACUACUUGUCCUAGAAGAAGCAAGUUGGCUAGAUGUAAGCUGACUCCAAUAUAUAAAGCAUUGGUCCCUUAAAUGUCUACAGACUGCAGAGACUGAGAGGCAGUGUUACAAAUGUUAUAAUUACCCCUUAUUGGGGCAGAACAGCCCUAUUGGGUUUAUUUAAUGGUUAAAUGAUUCCCUUUUCUCUGUAAUAAUAAAACAGUACCUGUACUUGAUCCCAACUAAGAUAUAAUUACCCCUUAUUGGGGGGCAGAACAGCCCUAUUGGGUUUAUUUCAUGGUUAAAUGAUUCCCUUUUCUCUGUAAUAAUAAAACAGUACCUGUACUUGAUCCCAACUAAGAUAUAAUUACCCCUUAUUGGGGGGCAGAACAGCCCUAUUGGGUUUAUUUAAUGGUUAAAUGAUUCCCUUUUCUCUGUAAUAAUAAAACAGUACCUGUACUUGAUCCCAACUAAGAUAUAAUUACCCCUUAUUGGGGGCAGAACAGCCCUAUUGGGUUUAUUUAAUGGUUAAAUGAUUCCCUUUUCUCUGUAAUAAUAAAACAGUACCUGUACUUGAUCCCAACUAAGAUAUAAUUACCCCUUAUUGGGGGCAGAACAGCCCUAUUGGGUUUAUUUAAUGGUUAAAUGAUUUUUAGUAGAUUAAGGUAUGGAGAUCCAAGUUAGGGAAAGAUCCCUUAUCCUGAAAACCCCAGGUCCUGAGCAUUCUGGAUAACAGGUCCCAUACCUGUAUAGCACAUUUAUUCACUUUACAUUACACAUAUUAUUAAUACCUACCUCAGCUGUUAUCAGUCUGUAUGAUACCUACCUCGGCCACACAGAUCUGAGGGUUAAUUUAUGACCUCCAAUUCAGGUUUUUUACCCAUCAUGCCAGUGUUUUCUCCCGUGACUCCAUUGUGGUUACUGGCAGGAGUUGAACCUGACGCAAUUGCAGCCAAUGUGUUAAAUACGCAUCACGCAGCCCAACUGCAACUGACUGGGGGGUUGGAUUUGCGCUUCCUCAACUUCUCCAACCCCAAUACCCCCCCCAUUCAGACUGAGGAUGAGAUAAAUAUUCCUGUCCAUUUCAUUGGUCCCAUUAGAUUCAUUUGUUUUGUACAUGAUGAUCUGAUUGCCCCGGCACAACUGUAACUCCCCGUAUCAUGCACUAUUUAAUUUAUUUAUGUAUUAAAUAAACUGUAUAUACACUUAUUUAUAAAGCUA